AUGCAGUUGCCAAACUUUUCUGUGUUCGGCCCUAACUUCUUCAGUGGUCUUUACCAAAAUAUUUGUAGCUUUUGUACGCUUGUAUUGCGCAAACCUAUCCUUCCUGUGUCCGUGCCAGUUAUUAUUUCAGAACCCUACCUGACCGCAGCCGUUCUUAUCCCUCAAUCUUUUGCCCUUUGGGUCUCGCCAGAAAAUAUAAACUUAUCUGGUUACUUUUUUUCCGCAUGCUUUGAGGAUAUUAUCAUUCUGCUUUCUUGUGCUGCCCCACCAUGCAGCACGUUAGUCACCUGGGCCGCAGGAUGUGCAUGCCAGCCUGCUCGGACCUUAGCUGGGGUCUGCUCGACGACGGUCCACGACGACGGUCCAAGAGGUGCUCAAUCAUUUGCUAAUCGUCUCCUCGGAGCUUGCGGUAUCUGGCCAGGCGGCGCUGCUUUGGCACAUUCCAAUGACCCGGCUGGGGCGAGAAGUGACGCAGGCGGAAGAUACCACUCGAGAGCUGCUUGGUCUGCGGUUCCACCGGCAUCGGCAUCGGUUUGCUGGGCCCUGUUAGAAAGAGGAGGGUUGGGUUGGUUUUAUUCCGGCAGUUCUCGCAGUUUGGUCGUGCUGUAA